AUUCAUGAUAAGCCUCAGAUUUAUACAUGUAUUCAUGAUAAGCCUCAGAUUUAUACAUGCAUUCAUGAUAAGCCUCAUAUUUAUUCAUGUAUUCAUGAUAAGCCCCAGCCUCAGAUUUAUACAUUUAUUCAUAAUAAGCCUCAUAUUUAUUCAUGUAUUCAUGAUAAGCCUCGGUUUUAUAAAUGUAUUCAUGAUAAGCCUCGGUUUUAUACAUGUAUUCAUGAUAAGCCCCAGUUUUAUACAUGUAUUCAUGAUAAGCUUCGGUUUUAUAAAUGUAUUCAUGAUAAGCCUUGGUUUUAUACACGUAUUCAUGAUAAGCCUCGGUUUUGUAAAUGUAUUCAUGAUAAGCCCCAGUUUUAUACAUGUAUUCAACAUGUAACUCAGAUUUAUCUUAGUUGUUUCAUAGUACAAUAA